AUGAAGUUCAAUAUUGAUGAUUUGCCAGUGCUCUUUCCAUAUCCUAGGAUAUAUCCAGAACAAUAUGCCUACAUGUGCGAUCUGAAAAGAACGCUUGAUGCCGGCGGCCAUUGUGUUUUGGAGAUGCCUUCGGGUACUGGAAAGACUAUCUCACUGCUGUCUUUGAUCGUUGCGUAUCAACAAUACUACCCAGAGCAUCGGAAACUCAUUUACUGCUCACGUACUAUGUCCGAAAUUGAAAAAGCGUUGGCAGAAUUGAAAGCUCUUAUGAAAUAUAGGGCGGAACAACUCGGGCACCAGGAAGAUUUCCGUGGAUUGGGAUUGACUAGUCGUAAAAACUUAUGUCUUCAUCCUUCGGUGAAGCGGGAGAAGAGUGGUGCUGUUGUGGAUGCUCGCUGUCGAAGUUUGACUGCUGGAUUUGUGAAAGAGAAGAAGGAGAGAGGUGAAGAUGUACCGGUGUGCAUUUAUCAUGAUAACCUAGACCUCCUCGAACCACAUAACCUCAUACCAAAUGGAGUAUGGACGUUAGAUGGGAUAAUGAGAUAUGGCGAGGAACACAAACAAUGCCCAUACUUUACCUCCAGGCGAAUGAUGUCCUUCUGCAACGUGAUCAUUUACUCGUACCAUUACUUACUCGACCCCAAAAUUGCCGAGAGGGUUUCUAAAGAGCUGUCAAAGGAUUGCAUAGUUGUAUUUGACGAAGCACACAAUAUUGAUAACGUGUGCAUCGAAUCCUUAAGUACUGAUAUCACGGAUGACUCGCUUCGAAGGGCCACUCGUGGAGCAAUGAAUCUUGAAAGCAGGAUUUCAGACUUGAGGGAUAGCGAUUCAGAAAAACUCAAGGAUGAAUACGCCAAGUUGGUCGAGGGACUACGCGGUGCCGACGAAGCUCGAGCAGAAGAUGCCUUCAUGUCAAAUCCUGCUUUGCCAGAUGAUCUCCUCAAGGAAGCUGUGCCGGGAAACAUUCGGAGAGCUGAGCAUUUUGUCGUUUUUCUGAAACGCUUUAUCGAAUACCUCAAGACACGAAUGAAAGUCCGGCAAGUUAUUUCGGAGACACCAGCAUCUUUCUUGGCUCAUCUAAAAGAGUACACAUAUAUCGAGAAGAAGCCGCUUAGAUUCUGCGCAGAACGUCUAACAUCUCUUGUGCGGACUUUGGAACUUACCAACAUUGAGGACUAUCAGCCACUUCAGGAAGUUGCAACUUUUGCCACCCUCGUAGCGACAUAUGAAAAGGGAUUUCUUCUUAUACUUGAGCCUUAUGAGUCUGAAACCGCCGAAGUCCCCAAUCCUGUUCUUCACUUCACCUGUCUUGAUGCUGCAAUAGCAAUUAAGCCCGUCUUUGAGCGUUUCAGCUCUGUAAUCAUCACGUCGGGUACCAUUUCUCCACUCGAAAUGUAUCCUAAAAUGCUCAAUUUCGAGUGUGUUGUUCAGGAGUCUUACCCCAUGACUCUCGCUCGACGCUCUUUUUUGCCUAUGAUUGUCACAAGAGGAUCUGACCAGGUCGCGAUUUCUUCGGGAUUCCAAGUUCGAAAUGAGCCUGCUGUUGUCCGUAAUUACGGCAAUUUACUAACGGAGAUGUCUAAACUUACUCCGGAUGGCAUGGUCGUUUUCUUCCCAUCCUACUUAUAUAUGGAGUCGAUAAUUAGUAUGUGGCAAGGAAUGGGUAUUUUAGAUGAGGUUUGGAAAUACAAGCUUAUUCUCGUGGAAACGCCUGAUGCCCAAGAAACAUCUCUAGCGCUAGAGACCUAUCGCACGGCGUGCUGUAACGGACGAGGAGCUAUCCUUCUUUGUGUCGCUCGUGGAAAAGUCAGUGAGGGUAUCGAUUUCGACCAUCAAUACGGACGCACUGUGCUAUGUAUCGGUGUACCAUUCCAAUACACCGAAUCUAGAAUUUUGAAAGCGCGACUAGAAUUCCUCCGUGAAACAUACCGGAUCAGAGAGAAUGACUUCCUAUCCUUCGAUGCCAUGAGACAUGCAGCCCAAUGUUUGGGACGUGUACUACGAGGGAAAGAUGAUUACGGAAUCAUGGUAUUGGCCGAUCGUCGAUUCUUGAAGAAGCGAACUCAAUUGCCAAAAUGGAUCAACCAGGCGAUUCUCGAUAGUGAAGUCAAUUUGAGUACGGAUAUGGCGGUAGGAAGUGCGAAGAAAUUUUUACGGAAUAUGGCACAGCCAUUCAAGGCCAAGGAUCAGGAGGGGAUCAGCACGUGGAGCUUGCAGGAUCUGGAGAAAUUCAAGGAGAAGCAGUAUGAAGAGACGCUUCAAGCAUUGAGAGGUGGUGGAAAGGGCGACCCAAUGGAUGGUAUCAGAAAUGGCAACGAAGUUAAAGAAGAUGAGUAUGGCAUGGAUGAUGAUGAAAUGGAGGCGUCGUUAAUGCAGUUAGAUGCAUAG